UCGGUGAUCUUUCAGCCCUGAGCUCUCAGCAGCACAUUGCAAGUAUGGCCGGCGACUCUGAAACACACCUCCGAGACCGAGGCGACAAUACCGACGUAAUACGACAACCUUUUCUCAUCGGUGUCUCUGGGGGCACCGCCAGCGGAAAGUCCUCCGUUUGUGGGAAGAUAAUGGAGCUGCUGGGCCAAAACAAGAUUGACCAUCACCAGAGGCAGGUGGCCAUCCUCAGCCAGGACAGCUUUUACAAGGUGCUGACCCCUGACCAGAAAGCCAAGGCACUCAAGGGCCAGUUCAACUUUGACCAUCCAGAUGCCUUUGACAAUGAGCUGAUCAUGCACACACUCAGGGAGAUCCUGCAAGGGAAAACUGUCCAGAUCCCAGUUUAUGACUUUGUCACCCAUUCCAGGAAGGACGAGUUUGUCACAGUGUAUCCAGCCGACGUCGUUCUCUUUGAGGGCAUCCUGAUGUUCUACUCGCAGGAGAUCCGUGACCUAUUCCAGAUGAAGCUGUUUGUCGACACUGACCCAGACACGCGACUCUCUCGUAGAGUUUUGCGAGACAUCGGUGAGCGUGGGCGGGAGCUGGAGCAAGUGCUGUCACAGUACAUAACUUUUGUGAAACCGGCCUUCGAAGAGUUCUGCUUACCAACCAAGAAGUAUGCUGAUGUGAUUAUACCCCGCGGAGCGGAUAACCUUGUGGCCAUCAACUUGAUAGUACAGCACAUCCAAGACAUUCUCAACGGCGGCCCAAGCAAGCGUCACAACAGCUGCACCAAUGGCCACAGCACCCCGCGGCAACGACGGACGUCCGAGUCCAGCAGUCGGCCGCAUUGACCUUGCCGCACCUCUCUUCCCAGGCCGAAGAGGGGUGAUGGGCCAGCGCUGUAAAUAACGCCUGUUGGCAUCACUGUAUUUAAGAUGAGUGAAAGGAAAAUGCAUUUGCAUCACAAAUCAAAAUGCCUUUUUAUUACGGUGACUACUCCUUGCCAUUAGUUGGAUUCAUUGUAAUUGCUGAAUUUUGGGAUUCACGGUGAUGCCAGAAGAGUGAAAAAGCAUCUCUUAGUCUCAUGGUGACCUUGGGUUUAUGUGGACCCACAUGUUUAUCUUUUCGGUUUAACUUUGGCUUCAAUGUAUCCCCUGUGGCUUUAUGGAAGUUCAUGCUGAUGAUGAAUAAAAGGGGGGGAAAAUAUUUUUUUUUGGGGGGGGGGGUCCUCUGAUGAAACUUGAAUCUCCAAUAGUCUGGGAGUCGAAUAAAUGUUUGUUUGGAUGUGAUCCAGAUGAGGAUGUGGUCUCCAAGACAAGGUUGAAAAAAGAAAAAAACUCAAAUUGCACUUUGUAUUUGUAUGACAAUCUUGGUAUUGUUUCCUGCUAUUUUCAGUGUUUUCCCCUGUCUUGUGAAGUUUUCAGUGUCAAUCGAAAGCAUGUUUACCCUGCCGUGUAACAUUUGUUUGCUGCGGCAAAAACGCAAAAUUAGGAAAUGCCAGGCUUAUACCUCACCAAUGAUGCCAAUAACCGGUGAGAGAUGGCUUGCUCUGGCAUGACUGUUACAUAAUUUCACAUCUCUAAUUGGGGACAAUAUGUCGGAAGAUCAUGCUUGGUUGUAAGUCUAAUUUUUUUUUGAAAGUAAUAUUUAAGUUUGCAUAAACAAUAUACUCAGGUUACCAAAAGGGUAAUUGAUGCAGCAGCAAUAUCAGUGUGGCCAUAAACCACCAAAAACCACCACAAUGCCUCCAUGAAGUUCCCUCAGGUUAACACGCACAGCAAGUCUCCACACUUAGUUACCAGUUGUACUUCAGAUUACAAUAAAACAGCUUUGAGUCCUUUUUUUCUAUUCCCUUUAAUGUAUUUUUUAGGAUUCGAUUUACUGAACGAUGCCAUGCUGUAUGGCUGCUGGGUAAUACUUGAAAGACUUGUAUCUCGUUAUCAAGCGUCAUUGCUUACGGUAAAUAAAAUGUCUGUCAAUACG